UUUUUUCUACUAUUUUCUGUCCUUUUUUAUAUGUUUUAUUUGUGACACUGAAGAUGGCGCUGAUUUCUUAAUUUUUAUCCUACUUCUAUAGUUACGUUUUCCAUUAUUACUGUUCUUGUCUCUCUCAUGAAUUGAUUCUGUUUUGUGUUUUUUUUUUAUAAAAAUUAAUUAGUGAAAUUUAAUAAAUUGAAUUCAUAUUAUUCUUAUCAUGGGAAAACGAAAGGCCAAUGAUAAUACCGGAAAUCCGAAUCAAGAUUUAUGCGAUUUUCUGAUAGAGUUAGCAAAUUAUGAACGAAAUGUUAGUAAAAAUAUUUAUAAAUAUAAUGCCUAUCGCAAAGCAGCUGGCACUUUAAGUGGAUUAACAGAAAGAAUAAAAAGUGGACAAGAAGCAAAAAAAUUACCAGGAAUAGGAGAAAAAAUUGCUAAGAAAAUUGAUGAAUUUCUGAGUACUGGAAAAUUGCAAAAAUUAGAAGAUAUUAACAAAGAUGAGAAUAAUAUUGCAAUAAAUUUAUUAACACGUGUAUCUGGUAUUGGACCUGCAAAAGCUAAAGAAUUAGUAACUGCUGGUAUUAAAACUUUAGAUGAUUUAAAAAAACAUGAGGAAAAGCUUAAUCAUCAUCAAAAAAUUGGACUGAAGUAUUUUGAAGAUUUUGAGAAAAGAAUUCCCAGAAAAGAGAUUGAGCAAAUUGAAAAAAUUAUGAAAGAUAUUAUUGCAGAUUUGAGUGAAGAAUAUAUUAUAAUUAUUUGUGGAAGUUAUAGACGUGAAAAAGAAGAUAGUGGAGAUAUUGAUGUUCUAUUAACAUAUCCUGCAUAUACAUCUAAAGAACAAAAAUUAAAGAAAGAAAACUCAAUCUUAAAAAAUGUUAUAAAAUGUUUAGAAAAAAAAAAGUUAAUUGUAGAUACAAUAUCUCUUGGACCAACAAAAUUUAUGGGUGUUUGUAAAGUACCCGGAAAAAAAAAACCAUUUAGAAGACUUGAUAUUCGAUUUAUACCUUAUGAUCAAUAUUAUUGUGCUGUACUUUAUUUUACUGGAAGUGAUCUUUUUAAUAAGAGCAUGAGAGCACAUGCGUUGGAAAAAAAUUAUACUUUGAAUGAAUAUACAUUAAAACGACUUACAUCUGAAGGAACUCCAGGAAAGGCAGAAAAAAUUACAUGUGAAGAAGAUAUUUUUCGAAUUUUAGAAUUGCCAUAUAAAAAGCCAAAAGAUCGUAAUUCAUAAUGAGCAAAGAUAUAUAUAUAUUUAUUAUAUGUUAAGAAUUUCUUAUAUACUAUGUACCAAGUGAAUUUUAUUUUUCCUUAACUACUAAAAUAAUGAAAAAAAUAAAUAUUUAUUUAUUAUUUUUAUUAUAAAAUUAAAUAACAUUUUUAAAAUUAUUUAAAA